GUGAAAUGCUUUGCCCAUACGCUGAAUCUCGCGUCCCAGAGGGCGCUUCAGGUGUCCACGCUCUCCAGGCUUCUGGGCAGAGUGCGACGGAUAACAACAUUCUUCCACCGCAGCACUAUAGCGAACCACACUUUGAAAGUGAAACAGAAAUGUCUGGGCCUGAAAAAUCAUAAGCUGCUAACUGAUGUUGCCACAAGGUGGAACAGUGCAUACGGCAUGGUCGAGAGGUUCUUGGAGCAACAACCUGCAAUCUGUGCCACCUUGCUGUCUCCAGAGGUGAGGAGAGGACAGUCAGACCUCUGCACUCUCAAUGAAACAGAUGUGUCAAAUGCAGAGGACGCUGUGAGUGCAUUAAAGCCAAUGAAGGAUGCAACCACACUGAUGUCAGAAGAGAGCAACCCAACAGUGUCUCUCAUUGCUCCAAUACAUGCACAGCUUCUCCAGAACAUGACAGACACCAUCGGAGACUCACCCAUGAUCCACGAGAUCAAGAAUGCUAUCAAGACAGAUCUCCUGAAGAGGUACAACAGUGAGGCAGAGAAGAAGAUCCUUCAUACAGCCUCUGCCCUGGAUCCCCGUUUUAAGGGACUGCCCUUUCUAACAGAGGAGGAGAGACUGGAGAUCUACAGAGGAGUGACCGAGGAGGCUGCAUCUUUGGAGGAUGAGAGGACACUCAGGAGGACAGAAGUGGAUGAAGCGCCUGGGGGAAUGGGGACUCUGGAAGAAGAGAGACCCACAGAGGAUAGCCCCUCUGCUCCCAAAAGAAAGGCCCCAUCAUCACUGCUUGUGAGUUUGCUGGGACAGUCCUUCACUGACACUGAAGGUACAGUAGAACCAAAGACCCCCUAUGCCAGGGCUGAAGAGGAAAUGGAGAGAUACUGUAAAGCCCCAGCUCUCCCUCUAACUGAGGAUCCUUUAAACUGGUGGCGUGUCCAGGAGGUCACAUUUCCUCCUCUCUCAGCUGUCAAAGCGGUACUUGUGUAUCCCAGGCACAAGCGUGUCUGCAGAGCGAGUUUUCUCCACUGCAGGAGAUGUUGUCACUGCAAAGAGAAGUGCUCUCAAGCCAGAACAUGUGGAUCAACUGGUGUUCUUACAGAAGAACCUACAAAUUCCCAAAUGCUGAUCAGUGAGCCAUGUUUGUGAUAUUUGGCACAUUCAGGAAGUGCCCUGUGUCCAGUGCUGCUAUUUGAAAACCUUUUUGUAGAUUACAGCACUAGAAUGCUUUGUUUUUGAGGAUUGACCAUUUCCACACAAUGGGUAGGCUAGGCCUAUACUCUUUAUUUCAGUUUACAAUUGGAUUUAAUAUUAGGAGCUUCUGUUAACAUUUUUGAUAUCAUAAAACAGUACACUACACUGUAUAAACUAGUAGUUCAUUGCUACCUGUGGUUUGUUGUGUUCAGACACAUUGUGAUGUUUGCCACAUUCAGGAAGUACCCUGUUUUACAGUAGAAGACAGAUUUAUGUGUGGUUUAGGGAGGAUGACCAUUUUCACACAAAGAUUAUAGGUAGUUGGCUACUAGGCCUCUACAAUUUAUUUUGGUUUAAAGCCUAAUUUGCUGUUCAUACAUUGACAUUUAUGUUAUUUGUGUUUAUGUUAUUUAUGUUUUUGAAGAAGAAGUACACUGUGCUUUAUUGAUGCUAUUUUAGUAUUUACUGUUAGAAAUACUGCUGUUGCUUGCUUUGUUCAGACUCAAGUCAUAUUUCUGAUGCUUGCCACAUUCAAGACAUUCAGUGUCCUUUUUUGAGUACAGGACAGUUGCUAAAGGUUGCAGCUGGCCUGCAGAAGUAUUUGUUUUAUUUAAUUUAAUUCAUUUAUUUUGGUUUAUUAAGACAUCGAUGUUACUUACCGGUAAUCCUGAAGCACUUUCUAAUAAAGAAGGGAGUUCAUAUUUA